CUCACGUUGGCCCAUAGUGCACGUGACAGACAGCUGACUUCACGCGGAAGUGCUGGAGAAGCAGUCAAUCACAACAACAAAACUUCUCUCAGAAAAGCUUGGAUUUUAAUUUAAUAACGAUUGUUAAUAAUGGAGUCUACACUCGAACAGCAUCUUGAUGAUACGUAAGUUAUUACCACACCGUGUUGAGCUUUGCAGUGUCAUGAUUUGCACGUUUAAGACGGCUUAUGGCUCUUUGUUUGUGUUUUUGGCAGCAUGAAAAAUCCAGCUGUGGUCGGGGUGCUCUGUACGGAUCAACAAGGACACAACUUAGGAUGUAAGAAAACGCUGACCCAACUCUCCAGUUAGCUGUAAUUUGUGUGUGGAUGUUUUUUAAAUUAUAUUUAAUCAAAUGGGCCGUAAACUGUGGGCGGAGGAGGAGCAGCAGUUUACUUCCCGAGAAGAAGGAUGUUCAACUUCAUAACCAAAAUGCAAAGUAAUCGGGUUUUAAGACUGCGAGUAACCAUCACAAAUGACACAUGAUCAAUGUUUCCAAUAACCACGAACAAUCAUCAGUCCAGUAUUCAUUGUCCAAAGUUACUGAUCUUUAUAUAAUAGCUUUAUAUGAACAGCUAUUUGAUUUUAAUCUGAAUACACCGCGUUUAGGAAAGUUAGGAAAGGGGUAAUCUGGUGUAUCCACUGACCCAUGAUGAUAAACCUAAUCUUUUUUUUAUUUUUUUUUAAUUAAAUUAUAAACAAACAAACAAGGCACUUAUUUAUCAUAAAAGAAAAUUACGAACAUUUUUAGUGAAGAAAAUAGGCAUAGGGCUUUCUUGUCUGUAACAAGUUUUAAGGAUUUACAAAAAAGUAGCCGUUCAUUCUUCCAUUGAGGUAGGCAUGGUCUUGUUUUGAAAUAUUGAUACUUGUAAAUGAAAAAAUUCCCCAAAAUCAACAAAGCAUUUAGAACAAAAUCCAAGUUCCUAUCCUUAUUAAAAACACCAAACAAAAUAGUUUCUGCUGACAAAGGGAAGUCAAUGGUUUUGGACUGCAACCAGCUCCACAUGUUACUCCAGAAGGGAUGUACCGCACUACAGUGAAAAAAAAUAUGGCUCAAGUUUUCAACGUCCACAUCACAAAAACCUAAUCCUUUGUCCAUAGUCUGCCUUUAUCUGAACGCACACAACAGAACAGUCCACUCAGAGUCUGCUCUCAUUCUAAAACAAGCAACUUAGAUCCUUAAAAACAGUGUUAGUGUGACACAUACGUUAAAAUAUUGUUUCUCUGUUGUUUUUUAAUCUCUGAGACUAAAAGUUAUAUGAUAAAGAAUGAAGAUCCUCAAAGAAACCCAGCCAUCUGAACAAAAUGUCUUGAAAAGGCCUCGUAUAAAGUCCCCACUGGCUCCUCUCGGCUAAUGUUCACAUUUGUGAUUCCUCCUGUGAAGGACCACAAGCUGUCUCCAACAAAAAUGUCCAAUUCGACGGGAACUGAAAGAUAAUAGUUGAAUAUUGAAAUUUGACUCUUCUCGAACACCUUUGUGGCAAUCCAAAAACUAUUGUACAUCCGGCCAUAGGUUUCCGUCUGCUGUUUUCUUUUAUUUUCUCAAUACACAGCAUAUGCCAAAUACCACAUAUCAGUUAUUGUGGUACCUGUGUAAAACUCAAUAUCCAGUAACAUUUUGUUGUAGGUGUUACAGAAAUGGCAGCUUCUGACACUAUCAGUGUUUGUUAGCAUUUGUUCAAAAUCACUGAUAGUUCCCUCAUCUGUACAGAAGUACAGAUUUGUGCAGGGCGAUAAACAUGUUAUAGUAAAGAGGACAAAAGAGCUCAUGUAGAUCACAAAAUGACUAUAUAAGUCCAUCACUAGAUUUAAUUAAAGUAUUAUUGAUUUGUUUAGGCUUUGCACAGAUGUAGAUUUAAGUUUCUCAUAUAUUUUUAUUGGUGUAAACUUUUUUGGACAACUAAUAACUGAGCAAACAUCAUCAGCUAGCUUAAAUUCAGUAGAUUUUCAUCCAAAAAACUUCUAAUUGAUAAUGAGCAUUUAUUCAGUGGUAAAACCUCUCAAAAACCCUUUGAAGACAAAUCAACUUUUAUCAUAGAUUAGAGUACUGCUCAAAGUAAAUAAGCCUGGCCUAAAUUGUUCUUCAAAAGGAAACAUUUAUAGCAGUUAAGAGCACUGAAAAUAAAACUCACUGUUAUUUGGAUCAUAUAUAAAUAUAUAUAUAUAUAUAUAUAUAUAUAUUUUUUUUUCAAAUGUCAUUAAAAGCAGAUCUGAUGUAUGCACAUGUGUUCAAUUCUCUACACCUUUUUUUGUCUCCCAUCUCUAGGUAGGGGCUCUCUUUCUGAUGAACAUGGUGGUGUUGUGUCUGUUUUGGCCAAACAAGCUGCAGCCCUCACCAAAGACCCAACAGACACUCCGACUGUGUGUCUGGAGUCUGAGUCAGGGUGAGCACUCACUCAGCCUUCUCGCUCUCUCUCCCUCUAACUUUAAUCCGCCUCCUCCUGAAUUUAAGAGUUCUGUCUGUGUGGUUUUGAUUAAGAAUCUAGGGGAUCAAUAAAUCUGGGGGAACCAGUUGAAACUAGUCCAAAAUCAAAGAUUGAGCAUCCAUCAUUUGCACCUCAAACUGAGCUCAAAGUCUUGGCAAAACUGUACAGUGUAUUUUCAUUGACAGAGUUGUGGUGCCACCUUCUGGACAAAAUGACUUAUGAACUCUGGGUACCUGUAACUUCACACCAUUAGCAAUACUUAUUGUUAUAAGAAGUUAUUCUACAGUUUGACUUUGUUGUAAUUGGAAAUUUAGAGUAACAUAAUUUGCAGCUCUGCAGUAAGAAUGCAUCACAAGCUUACUUUGCUCGUGUGUAUGUUGUGGUUUGUACAUCCAAACACCUUUAUAAAUUUUUCAGUUAGAGUUAUUCUAUCUCUAAAUAUUGUGCUUUUAUUAUAUUUUAUCCAGAAACUGAUAGAAGAACACAAACUCUGCAUUGCUGGUGCGGAUACUUCGAAAGAUGAUAUUUACAAUGGUGUUAAGAAUAUUUUGAGUAACAUAAUAGGAGGAUUUGAUUGGGAAUCUGGUCCGUCUGGUUAUGUUGGUGGUGUAUAUCAUCUUUCAACACUUCAUCAUCUUGUAUGUUAACACAGAACCUGAGGUGGAUUAUAAAUAUUGAUUGAGUUUUUCAAAGUCCAAAGAUAUCAGAGGUGUUAAUCUAUCCCUUUUUUAACCUAAGACUUCUAUCCAUCAUGUUGACGUUUUUCUGACAUGUCUGUUUUUGUAGGAACAUUCUGGUGAGGAGUCAUGGAACCAUCACAGUAGCAGUCCACAAGAUAGCAUCCUGAGGAAACAACAUCUACACUUACAAGUUUUAUUGUACAGAAAGGUCAAAAGAACAAGGAAGUAUAACCACACAGUCUGUUUUUUCCUCAUGUAUGUUGUGUUUUCUGUCAUUUUAAUUCAACUGAAAUAGUAAAUUAACUAUAAAGUUCAUGAUUAGUGUGGUUCUUCAGUAUUUUGAUAAGAAAUAUAUACAUAUUUUCCCAGUUUGCUAUGUGCAAGUCUGGCUCUGUAUUAUGCUACGUUAGGAGAUGUUAAUGCUUUGUGUGCCUUCACUGUAAACAUUGUCUUCGCUCUUAUGCAGUCAUGCAAAGAAAAACAGCCCUCAAUAAACUUUAACUUGACUCUGUGCUGCUC